AUGUCACGCUACUACACAGACGGCGCCGGGCGUGCCCCCUCCCCCGAUCCCGAACUCGAGUACGACCAGCAUCGCGGACGGUACACCGACACCUCGGCCAUGCGCCCCUUACGCAACGACUACCAGGAGCCCACAUAUAGGGACCCGAGCUUCGACGUGCGCGCCGACUUUGACGGCUUAGGCCCGCGCUGGAGCGAGAUGCACGGAGUCGCCAAGCACGAGACCGGAAGCGGACUCGGGUUCAAGAUGCAGGAGCCGAACGACCCGGAGAUGGUGUCCGUGCCGGUGCUGGGCCCGGAAUGGACCAAGGCGGAGCUGCGCGGUAUCUCGAACCGUGGUAAGAACGACCGGAUUCGGGACAAGCGCGUGAAGAACUGGCGGGCAUGGAACCGCGACCAGAAGGGCUGUUGCGGCGUCAAGUGGCUCACGCGGACUGUGUUUGUCUUCUUCGUCUUCUUCUUCCUCGCCGCGCUCAUCGUGACGCUCUACUUCGUCAUUCCGCGUGCGGUCAAGUUUGAGUUCUACCAGCCGGACCCGCUGUCGAUCAACAACGACACACUCGUCUUCAACCGCGUCCCGACCAACUUCUCCUUCAACGCCGACCUGCACCUCAUGGCGGAUGCUUCGAGCUCCUACGUCCCCGUCCAGAUCAAGGCGGACGCGACCGUCCUCGACCUCCGCACGAGCAAGGUCAUUGCCAGGGGCACGCUCGAGCGCCGGACGCUCGACCACAAGUCGAACAUUCCCAUCUUCUUCCCCGUUACGUUCGAGUACGCCGCUGUCAACACGUCAGACGCCACCUGGGACUACAUGUACAAGGCAUGCCAGCACCGCUGGAACGGCGUGCAGCGCGGCGACAUUGAGCUCCGCGUCGAGGUCAAGCAGAGCAUCAUCGGCGUCGUCGGACACCCCAUCUCGGCGUCCAGCGUGCACUCGGUCCCGUGCCCGGCAGAGCUCGGCGAGCAGGUCUAG